UUUGUUAUGUGCGCCGCAGUGCUCUGUCUGUUCGAAGAGAACGAAACAAAGGCUUCGGGUUGAAAAAUUAUUUUGCAUAAAAAAAAUACUAAAUAAUAAAAAAUUUAAAAAUGUGGAGGUCUUUUGAACCUGGAAGUUCACCUGUCGACUGGUGUGAAGGGAAUUACAGCAUAUCUCCGAGCAUCGCAGAAUUUACUAACACGCUUAGUAAUCUACUCUUUUUACUACUCCCGCCUUUACUUAUGCAUCUAUUUAAAGAUUAUGGCAGAUUUGUUAAUCCAGGCAUUCAUGUCAUAUGGUUUUUAUUAAUGGUGGUUGGCGUCAGCAGUGCUUAUUUUCAUGCAACUUUAUCUCUGAUAGGUCAACUUUUAGAUGAAUUAUCAAUAUUAUGGGUGUACAUGGCUGGUCUUUGUAUGUUUUUCCCGAGAAGAUAUUUUCCAACUAUCUUAAAAAACAACAGAAAACACUUUUCACUGUGUGCUAUAUUGCCGACAGUGAUCGCCACUGGAUUAGCUUUAAUUCAUCCUGCCCUUAAUGCAUUUGCAUUAAUGUGUUUGGGAAUUCCUGCUUUUGGUUUCAUGAUCGUCGAAUUGAAAAGGACCAAAUCUGCUCGAGUUUAUCGCCUGGGUUUGAGAUGUGGUGCUGUGUGGACAUUGGCAGUAGUUUGUUGGUUAAAUGAUCGACUAUUUUGCGACACUUGGCGCAAUUUGAACUUCCCCUAUCUUCAUGCGUUGUGGCACCUUUUUAUUUUCAUAGCCAGUUACACUUUCGCAGUUCUUUUCGCUUAUUUUUCAGUAAAAGAAGAACGACCGCAACAGUCUCCUCUGCUCAAAUAUUGGCCACGAGAUGAUUUUGAAUUGGGAAUCCCAUAUGUGACAAUUAAAAGUUACAUCAAGCUCGAUAACAAUACGAACAUUUAAAAAGAUUACCUCAGAAUUUCAGUUUUGACAGGUUAUUUUUUAAAAAUUAUUUUUAAGUUACUUAUUUCAAAGUUUUAUACAUUUUCAUAUCAAUCAUAUGGAAAGACUAGUCGAGAAAAAAAAGUUGUUUCAAUUGUGCAUCACUAUUUUCAAACAAAGAGAGUUUAAACAAGAUUAUUUUGAAAAUUAUCUUUCCUUUGAGGUCUAUUUAUUUAUUCUUUUCUUGAAAUGAUAAACAUAAUGGUUUUCAAAACCUUUAUGUCAGUCAAAUUUUUGGAAAUCUUAAGAUUAUUUUGUCGCUCUGAUAUAAUCAGUCAAUUGGAAAUGUUUAAGCAUAGCUAAUAUUAUAUGUGAGGAUUUAAGUAACACAGAUUCGGAGAUAAUAUACUUUUUAUCUUGGAGACUAUUUUUCAUAUCUAUAUUGUUUUUCUGAGUCGUUUUUACUUUCUAUU